CUCCUCGCAGCGGAUUGUACCCCCUGACCAGGAAGUGGAUGUUUGUAGUUCCGUUGCAAUGCCGCGGGCUCUUAAAAAAAUGGCGCCCUUGGCGCCGGGUCGGAGCUAAGACGGAACCGGGAUUGAACCUGGGCGAACUGUGGAAAAGCCGAGGCAACGGCUCCGACCCGGGAACUGGGUCUCCUAGAACAGGACAGUGGGAGGCCCGGCGAUGGCGACUGUGGAUCACAAGUCCCCGAAUCUACUGUUGCAAAGCCUGUGCUGCCGGAUCCUGGGCCGCAAUGAGGCUGAUGUGGCUCAACAAUUCCAGUAUGCUGUGAGAGUAAUUGGAAGUAAUUUUGCUCCCACCGUGGAAAGAGAUGAAUUUCUUGUCGCUGAAAAGAUCAAGAAAGAAAUGGCAAGGCAGAGGAGAGAGGCUGAUGCUGCUUUGUUUGCAGAACUUCACCGUAAACUGCAGUCCCAGGGCAUUAUAAAAAACAGAUGGGCUGUACUCUACCUCCUGCUAAGCCUGAGUGAGGAUCCACGCAAACCUCAAAGCAAGGUUGCUAAUUAUGCAGCAUUAUUUGCUCAAGCAUUGCCAAGAGAUGCUCAUUCUACCCCUUAUUAUUACUCAAGACCCCAGAGUCUGCCACUGUCUUAUCCUGAUAGAGCUCCCUCAUCUCAGAGUGCUGGCAGCAUUGGAAGCAGUGGAGUUGGUAGUCUUAGUAUAUAUGGCUUAAAUGGACCAACCCCAACUCCUCAGUCUUUAUUACCUGG